UUCGCCCGCCCUGGCCUCUGCUCCCGUCGGUCCGCUGGUCGGUCCGGCAGACCAGCCCGCGCUCCGGCUCGCAGCCCCGGCUCCCCGGCCGCCGCAGGGACCAGCCCACCAGACCCUGCCUGGCGCUCGUCGGCCCCGCCGAACCCCGCGGUUGAUGACACCUGGCGGAGGCGAGCAUGGAGGGGGACGGCUCAGACGCGCCGGUUACUAUUAAGAAUAUCGAAAGAGAGCUCAUUUGCCCAGCAUGCAAGGAGCUGUUUACCCACCCGUUGAUUCUCCCUUGUCAACAUAAUAUUUGUCAUAAGUGUGUGAAAGAACUCUUACUGACACUUGAUGAUUCAUUCAAUGACGUGGGAUCAGACAACUCCAAUCAGAGCAGUCCUCGACUUUGGGUCACCUCCCCUAGCUUGGAUAAAAUUGACAGGAUUAACAGACCAGCAUCACAACGGAGAUCUUUGGGGUGGAGAGGUUGGAAGCGCAAUUCAUUGCCCCCUAAGACAACUACUUUUCCUUGUCCUGGCUGUGAGCAUGAUGUGGAUCUUGGAGAGCGAGGAAUCAACGGUCUAUUUCGAAAUUUCACUUUGGAAACUAUUGUUGAAAGAUACCGGCAGGCAGCCAGGGCAGCCACAGCCAUUAUGUGUGAUCUUUGUAAACCACCACCUCAAGAAUCCACAAAAAGUUGCAUGGACUGUAGUGCAAGCUACUGCAAUGAAUGCUUUAAAAUUUAUCAUCCUUGGGGUACUAUAAAAGCCCAGCAUGAGUAUGUGGGCCCAACCACUAAUUUUAGACCCAAGAUUUUAAUGUGCCCAGAACAUGAAACGGAGAGAGUAAACAUGUACUGUGAAUUAUGUAGGAGGCCAGUUUGUCAUCUCUGUAAGCUGGGUGGUGGUAAUCAUUCCAAUCACCGUGUAACCACUAUGAGCAGUGCCUACAAAACCUUAAAGGAAAAACUUUCAAAGGAUAUUAAUUACCUUAUUGGCAAGGAGAGCCAGGUGAAGAGUCAAAUUUCUGAACUAAACUUGUUAAUGAAAGAAACAGAGUGUAAUGGAGAGAGGGCUAAAGAAGAUGCAAUUACACAUUUUGAAAAGCUCUUUGAAAUUCUAGAAGAGAGGAAAUCAAGCGUUUUGAAAGCAAUCGAUGCUUCAAAGAAACUAAGAUUAGACAAAUUUCAGACUCAAAUGGAAGAAUAUCAGGGGCUUCUAGAGAACAAUGGACUUGUGGGAUAUGCUCAAGAAGUGCUUAAGGAGACAGAUCAGUCUUGCUUCGUACAGACAGCCAAACAGCUCCACCUCAGAAUACAGAAAGCUACGGAAUCUUUGAAGAGCUUUAGACCUGCGGCUCAGACUUCUUUUGAAGAUUAUGUUAUUAAUACAUCUAAACAAACAGAACUUCUUGGAGAAUUGUCCUUUUUCUCUAGUGGCAUAGAUGUGCCAGAGAUCAAUGAGGAACAGAGCAAAGUUUAUAACAAUGCGUUGAUAAAUUGGCACCAUCCAGAAAAGGAUACAGCUGAUAGCUAUGUCCUCGAAUAUCGGAAGAUUAAUAGAGAUCAGGAAAUGUUGUCUUGGAAUGAGAUAGAAGUUUGUGGCACAAGUAAAGUUAUUUCAGAACUUGAAAGUAACUGUAACUAUGCUUUCAGAGUAAGAGCCUACAAGGGUUCCAUCUGCAGUCCUUGCAGCAGAGAAUUGAUUCUUCAUACUCCUCCGGCUCCAGUUUUCAAUUUCCUCUUUGAUGAAAAAUGUGGUUAUAAUAAUGAACACCUCUUGCUGAACUUGAAGAGAGACCGUGUAGAGAGCAGAGCUGGAUUUAACCUUCUGCUUGCUGCAGAACGCAUCCAAGUGGGAUACUACACAAGCUUAGACUACAUCAUUGGAGAUGCUGGGAUUACAAAAGGGAAGCACUUCUGGGCCUUCCGUGUGGAACCCUAUUCAUACCUGGUCAAAGCAGGAGUUGCUUCCAGUGAUAAACUGCAAGAAUGGCUUCGUUCUCCCCGGGAUGCAGUGAGUCCGAGAUAUGAGCAAGACAGUGGACAUGAUAGCGGAAGUGAGGAUGCCUGUUUUGAUUCUUCACAACGCUUUACGUUAGUUACUAUAGGCAUGAAGAAGUUCUUUAUACCCAAGUCACCUACUUUUAAUGAAGCUGAAAAUAGAAUUCUUCCCAUGCCAACAAGUAUAGGGGUUUUCCUCGACUAUGAUAAAGGCAAAGUGGGCUUCUAUGACAUGGAUCACAUGAAGUGCCUUUAUGAGCGCCAGGUGGACUGUUCGAGCACCAUGUAUCCAGCAUUUGCAUUAAUGGGCAGUGGAGGAAUUCAGCUUGAAGAACCCAUCGCGGCAAAAUAUCUAGAAUACGAAGAGGACAUGUAGUUUAAGCAUCUGAUGUGACUUAGAAGGAAAAAUAUAGGCAAAACAAUGCCUGGGUGUUUACCUUCGUAACUAAUUACAUAUCAUCUAAAUAUCCUGUCGCCACACUUGUUUUUUGUGUGUGUUUCUUCUUAAAACACAGAAAACCUAAACAGCCUUGCCUUUUCCAUGUCACUCUUCUGCCUUUCACAAAUAACAGGAAAAAGACACACUGAAAUGGUUAACUGGAUUGUCUUUUUUUUAUGAACAUGAAAUUUAUUUAUGUUAGCUGGUAUUGCUGAUAUUUACAUUCCUUUUGGGGGGAAAGCAUACAAAUGUAUUUAUUAUGUUGUUUUUGUGUUUGGUUUUUCAAUUUUAUAUCAUGUUUGUGUCCUAAGAGAAGAUUUUUUUUUAAAUGCCUAAUGGAUAGAAGUUAGUACUAAACAUUGUGUCUUGCAUUUGUUUUUAAAAGAAAGAUGGGGGAAAGGCCAUAGAAAUGGUAAUAUAUUUAAAUGGAAAAUUAUGUAUUUUGAGAUGUGAAAAGAAUAUUAACAGUAUAUUUGCCUGGAAAAUGAAUACAGUUUUUUUUAAAGAUCAUAAACUAUUCUUAAGGACAUGUAAAAGUGUUUUCUUAGCUGUAACACCCAUAUGUGCAUGUGUAGUAAACAUAGUUUCUUGGAGGAAACACAAAGUUAGUGGUUAACACCUGUAGCUCUUCAUUUUAAUCACUUUCCCCCCCAGAUAAAACGUGUCUGGGAAAACUUGUCAUUCAUAAAAUAUGUUUUAUGAAAAUAUUUGCACCUAUGUCGAGUAAUUAUUUUUCAUAAAUAUCAGUGAAGAUAUAUUGAUAUUGGUCUUUUGUUUUUUUUAUCCCCUCUUACUGUGUCUUGUGGUUUUCAUUUUUUGGCACAAAUAUGACAUAUCAGAUUGUCCUGGCUUAUGUUUACAUUUUUAAAGAGUUAAUGAUCUAUUUUUAGUGUCAUUAAACAUAAUAUGUGGAAUAACUGGUCAUUUGUAUGCAUUUUCUGUGGCUCAUUGUUUGGUAAUGAGCAUUGGUAUUAAUAAAUAAGUAAAAAUACAAAUUUAAUUGUUUAGGAGUAAUAACCAAAAUCAUAAUAACUGUAUCCUUUUAAAAGUUCAUUUGAAGAAUGACUUUAUCUAAAUUUUAUGUCCAUUUUUGAAACAUCUUUUUCUUAGGUUAUUUUAUUUAAACUGGUUUUUUUUGAAGUUAAAAUGUUAGAAACUAGACUGUUAUGCAUUAGCACUCAUAAUUUUGGAAUGCUUGUGACAUAUUCAUAGACCUUAGACCUUUUUUAAAACUAUAUAUUUUUAAAUGGAAAUCUGUUAUUCAGGCUGAUAGCACUAAAUUAGCUACCCCUCACAACCCAAAUAGAAAAUAUCAUGGGGAAUUGCAUUGUUUCGUAGGCUUUGUUACUUUCCCACCAAUGACUAGCACUUUAUGAUAUAGGCUGAACUAAACAAAUAUGCAGUGUUAUGUGGAUCAUUGUGCAAUAAAACUGCUAAUGUCACUGGGUGGUCAGGUUUGAUAGUCUCAAGCCCGUGUAAGCACGUCUUGUAGACAUUUAAAAAAUAAAGCUUUAAAUAGGAAUAGGAAAGCUGUUUCAAACAUUGUAUAGUUGUAAAUUGUUCUGGAUUUCUUGCAUUUUUAAUAAAAAUUAAAAGUAA